UUUAAGACAGACAGAAAAAAACAACGAGGAAGUUAUGCAACGUCCAGGUUUUCUCUCUUUAAAACAUUUCUAAUGAAAUGAUUCUUUCUUUCGGUCAGAAGUUUCUACCGAGUCAUUAGUUCGGUUUCCUGUUAGCAACCAGUUUCUCUUCAACAAUUAAAAGGAAACUUGUGAAAUAAAAACAUUCAGGAAUAACGGAAUCCGAAGAGGAUCCGCCCGAGUCAGACCGGAUCAGGAAAUAUUGGCUUCACAGCAGAGGAACCUGAGGAUGAAUCCAGAGGAGAACAGAGCAGCUGCUCCAUCACCCAGCGGCGUUUCUAUGAAGAGUGACCGAUCCAGAGAUCUUCCUGUAGCCUUCAGUAAUCAUCCUGGAUUCCCAGUCCAAAGAUUGGUUUCACAGCAGAGGAACCUGAGGAUGAAUCCAGAGGAGAACAGAGCAGCCUCUCCAUCACCCAGCGGCAUUUCUAUGAAGAGUGACCGAUCCAUGGAUAUUCCUGUAGGCUUCAGUAAUCAUCCUGGAUUCCCAGACCAAAGAUUGAGGAAAUGCAGGUUGUCAGAGAUCAGCUGUUCUUCUCUGGCCUCAGCUCUGAAGUCCAACCAACAUCUGACUGAACUGGACCUGAGAGGAAACAACCUGAAAGAUUCUGCAGUGAAGGAGUUCUGUGGUUUUCUACAGAAUCCAGAAUGUAAACUACAACGAUUACAAUUUAGCCACUGCUGGUUGUCAAAGAUCAGCUGUGAUGAUCCGGCCUCAGCUCUGAACUCCGACCCCUCACCUCUGACUGGACUGAAGCUGAGAGGCAACUACAACCUGGGAGAUGAUGGAAUGAAGGAGAUCUGUGAUAUUCUACAGACUGGAUGCAGAAUACAACAAUUAGAAUUGAAUUACUGCAGUUUGUCAGAGAUCAGCUGUUCUUCUCUGGCCUCAGCUCUGACCUUUAACCCCUCACAUCUGACUGAACUAAACCUGAGCAACAACAACCUGACAGAUUCUGGAGUGAAGGAGUUCUGUGGUUUCCUACAGAAUCCAGAAUGUAAACUACAACGAUUACAAUUGAAAAGCUGCAGUUUGUCAGAGAUCAGCUGUUCUUCUCUGGCCUCAGCUCUGACCUUUAACCCCUCACAUCUGACUGAACUGGGCCUGGGCUGGAACAACCUGAAAGAUUCUGGAGUGAAGGAUCUCUGUGGUUUUCUACAGAAUCCAGAAUGUAAACUACAACGAUUACAACGUCUGGCUGAUAUUCUACUGAUCCACUCUGAGGGUCUUCAUGGUAAAAUUGAGGACUGCAGGUUGUCAGAGAUCAGCUGUUCUUCUCUGGCCUCAGCUCUGACCUUUAACCCCUCACAUCUGACUGAACUGGACCUGAGCAACAACAACCUGAAAGAUUCUGGAGUGAAGGAGCUCUGUGGUUUCCUACAGAAUCCAGAAUGUAAACUACAACGAUUACAAUUGAAUUACUGCAGGUUGUCAGAGAUCAGCUGUUCUUCUCUGGCCUCAGCUCUGACCUUUAACCCCUCACAUCUGACUGAACUGCACUUGACCUGGAACAACCUGAAAGAUUCUGCAGUGAAGGAGCUCUGUGGUUUCCUACAGAAUCCAGAAUGUAAACUACAACGAUUACAAUUGAAAAGCUGCAGUUUGUCAGAGAUCAGCUGUUCUUCUCUGGUCUCAGCUCUGACCUUUAACCCCUCACAUCUGACUGAACUGAACCUGAGCAACAACAACCUGAAAGAUUCUGGAGUGAAGGAGCUCUGUGGUUUCCUACAGAAUCCAGAAUGUAAACUACAACGAUUACAAUUGGAGGACUGCAGUUUGUCAGAGAUCAGCUGUUCUUCUCUGGCCUCAGCUCUGACCUUUAACCCCUCACAUCUGACUGAACUGAACCUGAGCAACAACAACCUGACAGAUUCUGGAGUGAAGGAGCUCUGUGGUUUCCUACAGAAUCCAGAAUGUAAACUACAACGAUUACAAUUGAGGAGCUGCAGUUUGUCAGAGAUCAGCUGUUCUUCUCUGGUCUCAGCUCUGAAGUCCAACCAACAUCUGACUCAACUGGACCUGAGAGGAAACAGAGACCUGAAAGAUUCUGCAGUGAAGGAGCUCUGUGGUUUCCUACAGAAUCCUGAUAGCAAAAUACAACAAUUAAUGUUACCCUCCAACACUCGGCUCAUCAACGUAUCACCACCAGCUGCAACUUCUACAUCCACUGCAGCUACGUCUUCGCCGAGACUCGACUUCUCUCUUUCUCAUCAAGAUGAAUCACACAGUCAGUAUGUGGGACCUUCCAUGACAGAUAGGCAGAUGACUGGGAUUUUUAAUUUUCCCACCUUAAUUCCACAAAGUAAGAAAGUUUCCACAGAAAAGCCUCCAGAACUUGUUGACAAGUUAGAACCACCGUGUUUAAAAUACAGCAGACAAGAUACAGCAGGAAACAACCAAGAUGUAAUAAUGGAGUCGGUUGGACAUGUGAGCCACUCCGUCCCAAACAGAUCAGCCUCUACUGACCUUCCUCAGAUUUCAAAGGUCAGGAAACGAGGUUCGCUCAGGAGGAGAAAAAUAUCUAGAUAUCAAUCAAACUCUGCAAUAGAAAUGGAAGAAAGGCAUCAGGAGCAUAAAAAUAAAUCAUUAUAUCAAAGAGAAAAAUCCUCUUUCACAAACGCACCUUCACAGCCCUGGAUACCCUUACUUAGGUUUGAUUCGCAAGGCAAUGCUUCUUCAACUCAACAUUCUCUGAGUUCAUCAACUAGUAAAAAAGAAUCUGUAGGUUCUGGUAUCAAAAUGGAAACUCUGAGCAAAGAGUUGAAGCAGACAGAAAACCCUGCAGCUGAUGAGGAUCAACUGGAAAGACCUGAAGAUCUUGAGUACGUCCCAUCACCCAACAUUUUAACAUCUUUAUCUCUCCAACAGCCUCUCACCACAGAUUCCUCAGAGGAGGAAACAAUCAGCAGCUCAAUGGAUCAGAUUGUUUCUCCUUCCUCUGAUCCAACUCAGAGCCACUCCGUCCCAAACAGAUCAGCCUCUACUGACCUUCUCCAGACUUCAGGAUCUGGUUUGAGAAGAAGAGACCUCAGUAACUCGUCUCCUUCUCUCCUCUGUCCUCUGAUUCAUCAGGAUCCUCCUCUAGACGUCAGUAUCUUACCCCGAGCUGCUAGUUUACCCAACAUGAAGCUCCACAGCAGCUUUGAGGAGUUUACUCCUGGUUUCUGUGGAGAUGCAGAUGAUGAAACCUACUGGUUCCAGUGCUCCAGUCCAGGCCUGUACCAGUGCAGAGUGAGCGGCCUGGUGUUUGACAUGAAGGGAGGAGGAGACGUGUUUUACAGGGUUGUUCCCUGGAACAGGAGAUUACUGAGCCCACAUGGCAAGAAGCCUGCAGGACCUCUGUUUGACAUCAGCUGCCAGCAGCAGUCUGUGGCUCAGCUUCAUCUCCCUCACUGUGAGGUCCGCUCCACAGGACGAUGUCACUUCCUGUCCGUCGCUCAUCUACACGACGAAGGCGUCGAGUUCAUCGGGCCUGAGAGGAUCACAGAGACUCACAUCAUCAUCAGCAUCACAGGGUUUUCUGCUUUUGGGAACGUCAAGGAUGAAGAUUCUCCUCCUGACCCGGUCCGAGCCUUGGUUCUGCUGUUCUACAAACCUCCAGCUGAUCCUGAGUCAGAACACAAGAUUAAUGUGUUGAUGCUGCCAAAGAACGUUGUUCUCAACAAUGUGCUGCGUUUCAGGAAGAAAUUAGACAAUAAUGAAAGAUUCCUGGAGACGCCUCCAAAUUGUAAACUGCAGCCGAAUCAGGUUUACUCCCUGUCUGUCUCUCCUGGUGGCGACUCGGUUCUGGUUCAGCCCGAAGAAGCCGAGUUUGAUGCAGAAUCCUAUGAAAACUACGUCCCAACGUUCCAGGUGGUUUAUGAGGAAAUGAUGAAACACGUCAGUCUGUCUCUGAGGGACAGCAACUCCUGCAUCGUCUGGGAGAGACGGGUUUGUCUUUCUGCUGCCGGAGUCAGAAGAUCCUGUGGACCGACCCGACAGAACCUGAGUCCAAAAGAGCAACUGAUAGAGAUAAGGAUCAACUUCAUAGAUGGGAUAUCAGGACCGGUUCUGAAGAGUUUGAUGGAUAAUCUGCUGAAGGAAAAAAUCAUCAAUGACUCUGAGAUGGAGGCAGUGGAGGCAGAGAGAACCAGAAGAGACAAAGCUCGAGUUUUAAUCGACACGGUGAGGAGAAAAGGAGAUGAUGCAAGUUCUGAGAUGAUCCACUUCCUCUGUGAGCUCGACCACCACUUCUCUGAACAUCUGGGGCUGAUGUGAGGAAGAAUCAGGCAGAAUGUAAAAACUAAUAUUGAGACCACUGAGAGUUAAUUUUUCUGUUAAACUGAAAAUGUUGAACCUUCAGUGAAGCUUCAUUGUUUUGAUUAAAAAUGAUGUUAAACGUUGCAGAGGUUGGAGAUACCUGCAGAAAGAUCUGAGCUGAAUAUUACUGAGCUGGAAGUGAAGAACAAACCAUCAGGCCUGGUGGUUUGUUUCUGUGGUGCGACAAACACGAAGAAACACUUUUAUUUCUGCCCUCCAGGGGGUUUACGAGUACUGACACAUACUGACCAGGCUAAACCAUACAAUGAUGCCAACAAGAAAGCAGCAUUACAACACGGUCAACAGAAAUUACGACAACCACCGGCGCACCAGCUUCCUCAUACAUACAAAGGCAGCGCGCCAGUAUGGCUCCCAUUCAUACCUUAGUGACAGUCACACCCACCUCCACGCUCCCACCACCCACGUGCCAAAGUCGUGUCUCCUGCCACUUCAGCAGCUGCCCACCCCAAUCAUACACUGUGGAAAUGGGAUUCAGACUUCAGUGGUCCAACUUGAUUUCAUUGCUUGUUGUGUUUUAUUAUAUGUCCAUUAUAUGUUCCAUUAUUGCAGUGCUUCUCAAUUCCGGUCCUCAGGCCUCCCUGCUCUGCAUGUUUUAGAUGUACCUCU